AGAGCACUAGAGGGUGCAGUAAUGGAGUAUACCGCGGCAGAGGGAUCUCUCUCGGGCAUAAUCCACCCAAAGUGGUUUCCAAAUCCAAAAGCAAAACCCUAACCCUCAAUUCUCAAGCAAAGAAUGAUUCUUCUUAUACUACGUUGUUUUCAGUCCCACAUUUUCUGAUUCAACUCUAUUCCAACCAAGUACUCGAUCAUCAUCAUCAUCAUCAUCAUUAUCGUCACCAUCAGAAGCAGAAGCAGAAGCAGAAGCAGCUCUGUUCAUAAUUCAAGUAAUAUGCGAAUUUUGGCGGAAGACAAGGCUGAUUCUGCCGAUUUUGAUAAGAAUCACAAAUUUUCGUUUGAGAUAAAUGGAUCAGUAGAGUCCAGUUCUUCUUCUUCUUCCUCGUCAACUCUAAGCCCUUUUUCUCCAUUGUUGCUUAUCGAAACCUUAUCUCGCAAGAGCUUUUCGUAUGGGAAACUUCCUUUAAUACCUAUCAAGCUUACUGUUCUCAAAUUAGAUGGAUCUUCCUUCGAUAUUACUGUUGCGAAGAACCCUACUGUGGCUCAGCUGAAGCAGGCUGUGGAGGAUGCUUUUAGUCAUUUCCCCAAACAUGGAGCUGGCAAGGUUUCAUGGUCACAUGUGUGGGCACAGUUUUGCUUAUCUUUUGAGGGUCAGAAGCUCCUUGAUGAACAAGAUUCUAUCCGUGUUCAUGGAAUCAAAGAUGGUGAUCAGCUUCAGUUUGUCAGACAUACAUCAGUUAGUUACAAUCUUGUGAAGGAAAGAUCAAAAAAAGAAGAUUAUAAGUUGGAGGAAUCUGAGGCAUCACCAACUAAACAAGAGCAAAAUGAUUUACAAGAUAAAUCAAACCAGAAAAAGCAUGAGGAAAAUGAAGAAGAUGAGAGUUGUGAGGACAUUUCCGUAAAUAUUACAUGUCAAUGCAGCUGGGCCCACCUAAUAAGACGCUUGUUUUCAAACCGCAAACAAAAAGAUGUUGACACAAGUUAUGAAGAGCUUAUUACUUCUAAAUCUUCUUGAGAAUAUGAAAAAAGGGUUAUGAGAAUAAAUGUUAGGUUUCAAAGAGAAAUGCUCAUUGUUGUGAUUUUUUUCAUUAAGUCGUUAUUUUUGCAUUAAGUAAAAAAGAAAUGCCUAUUUGUUUUUAUGUGAUGUAUGUAGUAGUGUUGUAGUUUUGUUUGGUUAAAUAAUGUUCAACAAUUUUUUUGAGAAAAUGAUGUGAUACUUGUGGAAAUGGAAAUAGAAGGAAGAAAUUUGGUCGAA